GUGUGGUGGAGAGGGAGGUGACCCCAGGCGAGGUACCAGGUGUGGGCCCGUAGUCCGCCGCCAUCACCAGCCAACAACAUCAUGGGGCCCGAGAUGCUGCAGAAGAAACUCGAGGAGGAGAUAGAAGCCUUCAAGAAACUCCAGAAAGACUUGUCUAAAACGACUAAUUUAAGGUCACAGCUUGAUGGACAACUAAACGAAAACAAAGUAGUUAAAGAGGAAUUGGAUUUGAUAGGCGAUGAAAGUGUGGUGUACAAGUUAAUUGGACCGGCACUCAUUCGUCAGGACUUGGAAGAAGCUCGGCAAAAUGUUAAUAAGAGAGUUGAUUACAUUACACAAGAAAUUAAACGUCACGAGAAUACAAUGGAGAAAUUAGACAAGGAUUCCGAUUCCAAACGAGACAGCAUUGGUAAGCUCCAGCAGCAGAUGCAACAGAUGAUGAUGAAACAAAUGGGGAAAUGAAAUGAAGGUUAAACUUGAAUAUUAUUUUUUUUUUUUUUUUUAAUAAAAUUGCUUUUGCACCUGUCACCUGUGUAAUACUAGAACCUAGCUUUAUGAACCAAAUAUUAUUGAUAAUAAUUUUGUGAUACCUUUGCUUCCAAAAGCAGGUUGGUGUUAUUUUCAUCCUGUGUAUGGAAAACCAGUGCCAUUUUGUUUACAAUUAACAAAAUUGUGCAAAAAGUUGCCUUUAAUAUUUUGAUGCAAGUACUGUACUGUAUUGGCAUUUUAAUACAUUUAAAAGUCCUACAAUCUACAAGACAUAAUUAUGUAUCCCAUGUAAAGUCUGAUGUUUACAAAAACAUUUACAGUUUGGAUCACUAUGGCUUUGUUUUGUUUACCUUGAUGCUGUCCAGCAAUAAUGAAUAUUUUGAUUUGUCAAA